UCAGUAGUCAGCUGAAUUUGUGUUUUGGUGUGAAAAUGACCGCAGAAACAGUUCAAAAUACAACAAAAACGUUUAAAUUCUCGUUUCCAACAUGUACCAACGAAGAUUUGCUGUUCAAAUUAGAGGUCCCCGUGGAGAUACCGCACAGCGGGUCCACACGAGAGCUCGUGCAAAGAGUUAUGAACAUGUUUCACAUUCCAGUGUAUUUAGAAGAUGAACUCAAUGAAAAGCUUGCUGAAUUUGUCACUGAAGAGACAAAAAACUUCCACAAUGACCGUGAUGAAAAGCUCCUUAAUCAGCUCAAAAACAGUGAACUUAACGUAGAAGGCAUCGUCAAAAACUGGGAGAAGAUGUUCAAGGACAACGUCAUGGAGUUUGCAGAACAAAAAGGAACGUCGGACGAGGAAGUGUUUGCUGCAGCGUACCAUAAGCUUGUGCAUUCACCGGCGUUAGAAACGAUACUGCAAGUUGAAAAUUCAUACGCUAAGACUGUGAUGAAUACUGUGAAGAAUAGGGAUGAAGAUAUCAAGGUCCUAACUCAGAGGCAAACAGAAGAAAUGGAAGAGAAAGUCCGGCUCCUAAACCUAUCAACAACAGAGGAGGAGAUCAACGAGCUAGCAGCCGAGCACUUCGAACAACAGAGCCUGGCGGCCGGCCGCUGGGGCUCGCAGCUCGAUGCCUUGGCUCAGGCGCAGCGGGCGCAUUAUAGGGCUUGGCUCAUGCGCACACUUGAACAGUACCAGCAUAGCGCGCAACUGCAUACGCCCACCAACUCUCCUCUCGGCACGUUCUCGCCUCCGCUAGCGGCUGAGGGCGGAGCGCCUCGUCCGCGGCUGGAGGAGAGCUUCACCAUCCACCUGGGCAGCCAGCUCAAGCAGACGCACAACGUCCGCAUCGUCGCUAUGGACAUGCGGGACUUGUGCACGCUCGACCAUGUCGACAACCCCCUGGAAUCGUCUCGUCGGUUGCAAACAUCCCUAGGAUUAUAUUCGACUGAGUUAUCAGCGUGCGUGCUGAUAAGCGAUCGCGUGCCGCCCGACGCACUGCCCGCCGCCGCCGCCGCUACGGAACAUCACUUUCCAUCUGUGGACGCACAGCUAAGGGAGAUUGCUGAUAGGAUUAAGGAGCCGGCGGAGGCCCGCAACGCUCAGCGGCUUCGCGAGCAGCAAUCAAACGGGAACACAGUUGGGACCGCCAGCAAGGCUCGCUGGCGGCAAGCGAUGCAGCCGGGCGACGCGCUGGUCACGCGCCACAGCAACCUGGCCGAUGUCCACGUCGUCUUCCAUCUGCUGGCUGAUGAUGCGCCGCUGAGGACCGGCGACAUCACGUCGCGGCACCCGGCCAUCCUGGGGCUGCGGAACAUCCUGAAGGCGGCCUGCUGCAACGACGUCACCAGCAUCUCCAUCCCGCUGCUGCUCAGGAACGACUUGUCAGAGGAAACAACAGCAGCAUGGUGCCUCCGCCGCGCAGAACUAGUUCUAAAAUGCGUGAAAGGAUUCGUGCUUGAAGCAGCCGGCUGGGGCGGCGCGGAGCCUCGAACCUUACACUUCUGUGCGCCGCCCGCCACCGCGCCUGAACUAUUCCACGCGCUCGCAAACCUACUGCCGACGAUAUUCCGCAUCUCCAACCCGGUUAAAGUCAAGCCGCCGGCGUCAUGAUUGAUGGACAGAUAGGACGAGAAUGUAAACAGCUAAACGGGCUAGGAUGCGCGCCACGAUAUAAUUAAUCGUGUAAGAUCGACAAAAUGCCUCUAUAGUCUGGUCUGUGAGCACGUAGAAUUUUGUCCAAUGACCCCAAGCUACCCAUCCUUAUCGCUCGCGCGUAAUUAU